CGCGGUCUCCCCCGGGCCUGGAGGGCAGUGUUUGUUUUUCACUUUUCCCCCUUCCAGCUGGUUUGCUCCUGGAUGUGGGAGGCGCUCUCUCAGGGGCAGUGUUUUGCUGGGACACUCGUCUGUCCUGACACAGAUAAGCCUGUGCAGAGCGGGUGUGGCGCUGUGGGGAGGGAGGCAGGGCUGGGAGAUUGACGGGCUGCCCAGCUGGCCGAGGAAAACCCCUUCGGUCUGCUGCCUGUGGGACCCGGGUCCUGCUCACCCUCUCUGGGCGCUGCGUCCCCUAGACCUGUGCUGCCCACAUGGCCCCACAGGGGGCUUCGUGCACCCAGAGAGGGAUUUCUAGAUUUCCAAGUGUGACUAAACCUCCUGAACUAGUUCUAGGGAGAAGGGCCUGCAGCGUCUCUGCCCCGCCGGCCCCCCCGCGGGGGCAGAGCAGGUGACGGGCUCCUGUAACACGAGGACGCCAGCAGUGAGUCAGCAGAGGCUGGGUGACGGCGCCCGGCCCGCCUGCGCCUCGGGGCUUGGCUCCAGAUUCCAAGUUAAAAACAGCCUCAGUGGACUUUAUGUAAAUAGUGAGCACAUGCCAAACAGGGCACAUACGAGGGGGAGCUAGCUGGUUACAGAAUCCGCCAAACAGCUCCCAGCCCGGAAAAGGCCGUUGUGAGGACACUGACACGCGCCUCAGGACCUGGAGCUUCAGAGGUGCUCCCGAAAAGAUGCCCUUCGUGAAGGGCACACACCACUGAGUGUGUCUUGAUUUUUACCAAAGGAAAUAUGUUUUCUCCGUGUAUUAAGGCUGUUGAAAACCUUUGUUCCCACAAAGUGUCCCCCACGCUCUACCAGCAGCUGCGCCAGGCCUGCGAAGGCCACGUCCAAGCACAGAUCCUUCAGUUCAGAGAAGACUCACUAGACAGUGUGUUGUUUCUCAAGAAGAUUAACACGUGCUGGCAGGACCACUGCAGACAGAUGAUCAUGAUCCGGAGCAUCUUCCUGUUCCUGGACCGCACGUACGUGCUACAGAACUCCACGCUGCCUUCCAUCUGGGAUAUGGGGUUAGAGCUGUUUAGAAACCACAUUAUCAGUGAUAAAAUGGUCCAGACGAAAACCAUUGAUGGCAUCCUGCUGCUGAUCGAGCGGGAGCGGAGCGGCGAGGCGGUGGACCGGAGCCUGCUGCGGAGCCUGCUGGGCAUGCUGUCCGACCUCCAGGUAUAUAAAGACUCAUUUGAACUGAAAUUUUUGGAAGAAACGAAUUGUUUAUAUGCUGCAGAAGGCCAGAGGUUAAUGCAAGAAAGAGAGGUUCCAGAGUAUCUUGACCACGUGAGUAAGCGCUUGGAGGAGGAGGCGGACCGCGUGAUCACAUACCUGGAUCACAGCACACAGAAACCACUGAUCGCCUGUGUGGAGAAGCAGCUCUUGGGAGAACAUUUAACAGCAAUUCUGCAGAAAGGGCUGGACCACCUGCUGGACGAGAACCGAGUGCCGGACCUCACGCAGAUGUUCCAGCUGUUCAGCCGCGUGCGGGGCGGCCAGCAGGCGCUGCUCCAGCACUGGAGCGAUUACAUCAAGACUUUUGGGACAACGAUCGUCAUCAAUCCUGAAAAGGACAAAGACAUGGUGCAGGACCUGCUGGACUUCAAGGACCGAGUGGACCACGUGAUAGACGUGUGCUUCCAGCGGAGCGAGAAGUUCAUCAACCUGAUGAAAGAGUCCUUCGAGACGUUCAUCAACAAGAGGCCCAAUAAGCCUGCGGAGCUGAUCGCAAAGCACGUAGACUCAAAACUGAGAGCAGGGAAUAAGGAGGCGACGGACGAGGAGCUGGAGCGGAUGCUGGACAAGGUCAUGAUCCUGUUCCGGUUCAUCCACGGUAAAGAUGUGUUUGAAGCAUUUUACAAAAAAGAUUUAGCAAAAAGACUCCUGGUUGGAAAAAGUGCCUCCGUCGAUGCUGAAAAAUCUAUGUUGUCGAAGCUGAAGCACGAGUGCGGGGCCGCGUUCACCAGCAAGCUGGAGGGCAUGUUUAAGGACAUGGAGCUCUCCAAGGACAUCAUGGUUCAUUUCAAGCAGUACAUGCAGAAUCAGAGUGACCCGGGCUCCAUAGACCUGACCGUGAACAUACUGACCAUGGGCUACUGGCCGACAUACACACCCAUGGAGGUGCACCUGACUCCAGAGAUGAUCAAGCUCCAGGAAGUGUUUAAGACGUUUUAUCUGGGGAAGCACAGUGGGCGGAAGCUUCAGUGGCAGACGACGCUGGGCCACGCGGUGCUGAAAGCGGAGUUCAAGGAGGGGAAGAAGGAGUUCCAGGUGUCCCUGUUCCAGACGCUGGUGCUGCUCAUGUUCAAUGAAGGGGACGGCUUCAGCUUCGAGGACAUCAGGAUGGCCACAGGCAUAGAGGACAGCGAGCUGCGGAGGACGCUGCAGUCCCUGGCCUGCGGCAAAGCCCGCGUCCUCCUCAAGAGCCCCAAAGGGAAGGAGGUGGAGGAUGGAGACAAGUUCCUCUUCAACGCAGAGUUCAAGCACAAGCUCUUUCGCAUAAAGAUCAACCAGAUUCAGAUGAAGGAGACAGUGGAGGAGCAGGUCAGCACCACGGAGCGCGUGUUCCAGGACCGGCAGUACCAGAUCGACGCCGCCAUCGUCAGGAUCAUGAAGAUGAGGAAGACGCUGGGCCACAACCUGCUUGUCUCCGAGCUGUACAAUCAGCUCAAGUUCCCAGUCAAGCCUGGAGAUCUGAAGAAGCGGAUCGAGUCUCUCAUAGACAGGGACUACAUGGAGAGGGACAAAGACAGCCCAAACCAGUACCACUACGUGGCCUGAGGCCCGCCCGCGCCCAGGACACACAGGACGCCCCUUCAGGGAGAAGCCCGCUCCACUGCGCCCAGGCCCCGGGGCCGAGCCGUGCGGCCGCUCGGGGAUACUCGGAGAGGGCGGUCCUUGGACCACUUUCGGGGCCCCGGGACUCGCAGGUGGCGUGUCUUCCCUCCAGUGCUUCCUCCUGUUCCUUUAGGCGUUUAAGGAUUUCCAGGGCUCCGCAGAGUGGCUGAGGUUGGGCGGGCAGGCAGUCUCCUUUGUAAGCAGUGUUCUUGUGCCAGAGCCGAUGUCCUGUGUGUGUGCGCGCGUGUGUGUGCAGGCGUGAGACCCUCCGUGCUGCUUCCCGUCCCUGCAGGACCACUGUGCGCUCCCGACACAAGCUCUUAGGCCCAGAGCGGGUGCCCCUGACUGGUGGUCGGGGGGGAACCUGCAGUGUCCCAGCUGAUGAAUUCCGCAGCCCGCUCAGUGGCUUCUGUUCGUUCCUUUGCACCAAGUUUUAACCUGUGAGGCCUGGUUUCUGGACGAGGCUCCUCGCGAGCCCUCUGCUUCGUGGAGAGGAGGUCGCUCUGGCGUGUGUGACGCCGCGAGCCCGUCCCUGUCUCUGUUUCAUUCCCACUGUGUUGCUUGCGUCCUCUCCCUGUGUGGGUUUAGCGGGAGCGCUGUGUCUUUGCCGCCCUAAGGCUGCGCCUGGCAGCCCCUGUUCUUGGCCCAGGGGCGACUGCUGUUUUACUUUUUCUAACCGCGUGUUUGUACGAUGGCAACAGUCAAGUCUGGUUCUGUUUUUGCGGCCCUGGGCGGCGGCUGUCCUCCGUGUGACCACGUCAGCGCCUCGAGGAGAGCGACGCGGCGCAGAGGUGGCCCUGUGGGCCCUGCCGUCAUGCGUGUGCAUAGGGGACCCACGCUGUGGACGCUGGUUCAUGUGGGAACCACAACAAAGAUACUUUUGUGAGAACAUUUAAAAGUACUUUAUAUUUUACAUAAUAGCAUGUUUUGUUUUGAUUAAAAGCUACCAAAGGAAUUUUGAUCAUGGUGUAAGUGUUGAAAGCAAUAUUUUCUGGAAUAUACCAAGUUUAUAUCAUUUGAUUUUUGUGCUAAAUUAUUAAAAGAUUCUCCCUUUUUGAAA